AAUGGCUUUAUGGAAAGUAUUUCAGAAAGCAGGAUAACGAUCAACAAUGCCUGCUGCUUUUAAAGAGAAUUUAUUUGAGAAGCCAUCUGAGUUUUAAUAUAAAGUGAAAAAUAUGGCAAUAAGUUAUGAGACAGCAUCAUGGAUGUUAAGAGAAGGUAUAGUAGAAUACAAUCCAAAUAAAUGGGGAUAUGUUUUAAGUAAAUCACAUAGAGAUUUCAAUGAUUAUUGGACUAGAAGUAUAUAGAGAUUAAAAUUAUAGCUAUGUUCACUAGAUGUGGAUUAUUUUUGACUGCUUGUUGGUUAUUUAGUUGUUUAUAUACAAAACCAAGAUUUGAUUGGUAAGAUUAUCAUGAUCCAAAAUUUGAAUAGAAAACAUAUGGUGAUUUAGAAGAAGGUGGUGAUGAAGGUGGAGAUGAUGAUUGAA